UUCGUACGUCUGUAGGAUCGCGAGUUUUAACGGGAUGAGAAGAAAACAAAUUGUAUAGUUCUGUUGUGGUAUGAGAUGUUAAUUUGGUUGAAGUGUUAUUGUAGAAUAUGGUAUAAGUUCCACAGUUGGUUGCUGCUAUAUGCGUUGUUAAAAUGUUAAUAAGGCUCAUCUCUAGCGAUUGAGUUGGCAAAAACAUGUAGCUUUGAUGGUAUUAUGCUCAUUAAAAUUAAGUUGGGCAAUCAUGGCUGAGGAGACAAUAAUUCUCAUUUUAUUAGUGUUGGUUAUGCUUGUGGGGUCUUAUUUGGCAGGGAGCAUACCGAUGCUGAUGAAAUUAAGCGAGGAAAAGCUAAAAUGUGUCACUGUGCUGGGAGCUGGAUUGUUAGUGGGAACUGCUCUCGUUGUUAUUAUUCCGGAGGGCAUUCGAUCAUUGUAUGUGGGGAGUGGCCAAUCCCAAAAACGGACAUCAGUUCCGGAGCAACCAGAUUACUCACAGACCAUUGGACUUUCUCUUGUGCUUGGAUUUGUCUUCAUGAUGUUGGUGGACAUCUCUCAGCGGAAGAGUAAUGUUGGAAGUAAUAAAAAAAACAAUGCCACACUAACUCUUGGAUUGGUUGUGCAUGCCGCAGCUGAUGGAGUUGCAUUGGGAGCAGCUGCCACCACUAGCCAUCAAGACGUUGAGAUAAUUGUAUUUUUAGCUAUAAUGCUUCAUAAGGCACCAGCAGCAUUUGGAUUAGUGACAUUCUUACUGCACGAAAAAGUAGACAGACAUCAAAUUCGCAGACACCUAGUCUUAUUUUCCCUGUCGGCUCCCCUUAUGACUAUUUUAACGUAUUUUGGGAUCGGACAGGAGCAGAAGGACACGUUAAAUUCCGUGAAUGCCACUGGUAUAGCUAUGCUAUUCUCCGCUGGAACAUUUUUGUACGUAGCAACUGUGCAUGUUUUACCAGAGCUUACCCAAGGGGGAUUUACGAAAAGCGAUCAGCAUGAUUAUUGUUUGCUAGAGGAAUCUCGAGGUGUUGCUACGAAUGAUAUAAAUGGAAGCAAUAGUAUUCAAGCACUAAAAUAUAGUGAAUUGGUAAUUCUGAUUUGCGGCGCACUGCUACCCCUAAUUAUAACAUUUGGACAUAAUCACUAGUAAUGUAGUAAUACAUAUAUUUUUGUCAAAUAAGAUGAAGUAAAAGUUAAGGGAUAUUAAGCUAUAAAUAUAUUGGGUUUAAUUUCUCGGAUAUACAAUUAUUAACAUUAAGUGCUUUGCACAAAGAUUUUGAAUUUAAUGAAUUGUCGCAUGAAAGUCAAAUUUGGUACCGACGUCAACUUUUGUCAGCUUUCUGUAAAGUUGAGUGAUUUGAGAGGCCUUAUACGAGAAUGUAUUGUGAGUAAACCAAGCAAAAUGAGGAAGGUCAAAAAGUAGUGCAAGAAAUAUUUUACUUUAAUAUUUAGACUUGCGCAGGCAGGAAUAGUACGCAAGUCGGCGCCGAAUUCAUUGGCAUCAGAAUUUUGACUCCGGCUCCUAUAUACUAUAUGUUAAUUUAUAAUUAUAUAUGUUUUUAUUGUAUUUAAUAACAAUGGAUAGUUUACGUUCUCAGAAUGGUAGUAAAAAGUAAGAGACGGUUUAAAGGCAGCUUGGCAAUGUCACCAUUGGUUUACUGGAUAACGUCUUCUGUUACGGCCUUAGAUUACGGAUUUCUAUAACUACUUCUGCUAUGACUUUCUACAUUUAUAGAUACCUUUCUGCGUCUUUUCUACUUUAAUUCUGCUCAACUUCUUUGCGGAAUAUUUUUCGCGCGUUCUUUAUUUCCGCUGUUCUUGUCUUGUCUUGUAAAUAUGAAUCAUAUCUUAGCAAAGAUCUUUAAAAACUUCUUUGGCUAUAAAUGAUGUGUAUUAUGGGCACUUCUCUUCUACUAGAACGUGAAAAAAACUGUUUCCCAAAAUCACGACGACAAAUAGCUUUGCUGACUGCAGUUUUAGGCAGUUUUUUAAACCAUGGCGUUAAGUUGAUCCAUCUUUGUUUUUGACUAUGACGAGUCUGCUGGCGAAAUUCGGCGCCGACUUGCGUACUAUUCCUUUUCGUUGCCAUUCCGAAACCUGAUCUCGAUUCUCUUCUCCUUGGGCACAAUCGACAAAAUUUGGUAAAAUGUUCAAUUACUUGUAGCAUGGAUUUGUUUCAAAUUAGGAUAAAUUGUUUUCCCUUUACAUAUAUACAAUCUUAUAAUAUUUUGUAUCUUUUCACCGCGUAGCAUCUUACUAAUACUUCCAAAAUCACUAGGUUGCGUCAUAUCGAUAUGAGAAAGUGUACAUCAAUCCGGUAGUUUGUGUGUAAACACCACUCUAUCGUUCUAACUUUUUGAUUUGUCGUUAGAUAAGCUGUGAAGCUUGUCUUUCGUCGUUGCCAGACCAUUUCCACAUAAAUGUGUAUGUUUUCACUUUAUAUGUAUGUCACUGUGGUCGGCAGUCCUAUUCGUGUCAAUGGUCACCAAAGAGUUUCUAUACUACAAUUUUGAGCUUAAAGAUUUGUCAUUAACACAGUCAAACCAAAGACACUAGAAUAACGUUAUUUGUGGUCCGGUGGGUAUGCCCAUGUUUAUAAAGUUAAUUCGACCCAGUCUAAAGUUCUGGAACGUGUCAAGGAAAGAAGUAUUAACGAGUGCUUCUCUUUCCACUUACCUGCGUUCUACCAAAUCUACCAAUAAUUCUUGUGUCUUUGAAUCUACAUUGAGUCAGGAAAGAUUUAUAAUUGUAGCAACAUUAUAGAGGGGACCAUAGCCAUACAUGAAACUAUUAGAGAUUUAUUAAUAUUAAAGUGUAGAAUUCUUUGCAUUAAUAAUGCAUAUUACAAUGUUCGAGUUUUAUAUUUGUCGUAUUAAUUGGCAAGCAGAAAAGUAUCAUAAGUCCAAAUGUUCUACAGUUUUGUAUAUUUGUAAAUUAAUGAUAAUCUAAGUACUGUAAAACUGGAGAACAUUUAUUCCUGUAAAAAUAAGCAAUAAAAAAUAUUUAU